UUUUCUUUUUUUUUUUUUUUGUUCUGUUUUUCACAAUCCUUGCUUCCCUGCUGUACGACGUGCUUUGAUGCGACCAAGAGUUAUCUGCUUUUGCUUUGUUUUGACGAAUUGAUAUGCCUAACGACCUUAAUUGACGAACAUUCUUCUGCGCAUUCCACCUACACUAACCCCUCUUGCCCCCGAUCCCAGAUUUAUUCUUUCAUCAACGAACGAACCAUACAGGAAGUUCACCCUAUAAGCCAGGUCUCACAAUGCCGGCGGCUCACACUCGCGACGGUUCCCGAGAUCGGGAGCUCGUUGUCAGAAACCAAUCAAUUCCCAUGUAUGUCUCAAGUCGCACCUAAACAAAGGCUUUCUGCCGCCCCAUGGCAAAUGAGGGACUGCCUCAGACUGACCUGGACAUCGUGGAAAUGAAGGUGGGACAGUUCAGAUCCCGAACGGGCGCCUCCGCCGCUGCCCAUGAAUCCCGGUUCGACCAGUCCGGCGACGAAGGGCAACGUUUCGCCCGGUAUCCAAGCGAUGGCGGCUACCUUUACAGAGAAGAUGCGGGAAAACGCCCCAAGUCCAUAUAUCUCCAACCCAAUGCCACCGAAACCUUCGUCGCCGGAGAAGUCUCUGAUCAAAGGCCAAUUCCACAAGCGAAUGCAGUCAUUCCAGAAUAGCUCGGAUCCGCGAUCUGAGUUCCUAAACUACCUAGAGAGCAAAUCGCCGGAACGGCCUCAACGAGCGUCAACGUUUGAUUCUGCGACAAAGCUGCCGGAGAAGAGUUUAAUGAAGUCUGAGAUAGAAGAGCCGGAGCCAGAGCACGAGCCCCCGAACUUGCUCAUCUCGCCCCGGUAUCUCUCCAAACCGAUCCUGGGGGAAAGCACCCCCCCUUCUGCCACCAUGCUCGCGCUGCAGAACAUGCAACUACCCCCCGAGCCUGCUUCGCAACCAAAGAGCGUCGAAUCAGAUCCGUUCGUGGGUCCGAGCCGUCCUCCUAACUAUAGCUUCGAAUCCUUGUCCACGCAAAUCCACAGUCUCACCGACAUUGCCAGCAACCUCCAGCGCGAAAUGGCCCAACUCAGCCGGCGAAGCAAAGACAAUGCGACAGACCUCGUUAGCCUGAAAGCCGCCACGAAUGCGCGAGACGAGGAUAUCCGGAAAAGCCUCCGGGAGCUAUCCUCCAACUUGAACUCGAGGUUCUUGGAUCCUGAUGCAGCCACAAGGUUUGAUUUCAGUGCUCUCCUGGGUUCUGAUAGUGGUGUUAACAAUAGGGAAUCGGAUAGUUCUCCGAACUCGAAGAAGAGCUAUGGACGGAUGCCAAGUCCUAAUCCCUUCGCGGCGGCAAUGGAACGCGAGUUGGCCGCUUCGCCUACGCCCAUAUCCGAUGGAUCGGCCAGUAUUGCGCUAUUGGAGAAGGUGCUCCGGGAGAUGGCCACCAAGGAAGGUCAGGAAAAGCUCACGGAAUUGGUCGACGAGAUUAAAGCCCGCCCCGUCUCCGACGCUUCCGGCGAACCGCUUGAUAGUAGGACAACAAGGAUGCUGGAGGAGAUCCUGAGUAUCAUCAGAGAUGAGUCGGAGAGUAAGGCUUUGGUGCGGACACGUGCACCCUCUGUCACCGGUUCUACUGCUUUCAAGACAGGCCGAUCAAAAUCCAUGGACCCUGAGCAUUUAUACAUUCCGGACCUGGACAUGGUCCCCGGGGAUAACGGCCGACUAUCAACACGCUCUAUGUCCCACUCUGACGAGCAGACGACGGAAGAAAUGCUAUCGAUCAUGCGACGUGUGAAGAACAGCGUGAUUGAAGGAGGCGGGAUGACCAAUGAAGUGAAAGCACUGGUACGCGAGUUGCGCGGCGAGGUGCUGGGCAUGGGGCGAAACCUGGCCCGGAAACUGGACGAAAUCGAGAUAGCUCGCGAGGCCGCAGAGGACAAGCCAGCCGGCCCCGGAAAGGAGGAGAUAUCCGCGAUUGUCAACGACUGUCUAUGCGACCUGAAGGAGCAGCUGGAAGCAAUUGUGACCGAAAAUAAGCAGCAUUCAACUGCUCUGUCAGAAUUCCGCUCCGCGAUGGACGGCGCCGAGAUUUACUCCAUUGUCCAACGGGCCUUUAAUGAUCUCGACUUAUCACAGUUUCGGGAUGAGCCAAGGGGCGCCACGAUGGAGAAGGACGACAUCCUGGAUGCAGUUCGAGAUGCCUGGGAAACGUACAAGCCCGAGAUUGAGCUGGAGAACUUUGGACUUGAACGUGAUGAGAUCUUGGAAUGUUUGUCAGAUGGUCUCAAAGCCUAUCAGCCGCGGCAUGAAGAUGCUGUCACAUAUGAUCAAGUCCUGGCAGCUGUACAGGCGGGUAUGCAGCAGUUUGAACAACCACCCACUAUCACCAAGGACGAGAUCGUGCACACAAUCCGUGAAUGUCUCGAAACCUCUCAGACUGCUACCAGAUCCGUACACGACGAGAAGCUGGAUGCUAUCCGGGAAGAUAUACUGCAGGCAGUUACCCAAUCCGUAGCAUCCCAGAGUGCACUUACAAGGGAGUCACUGGACUCUGGCCUUGGUCGCGAAGAGAUCUUGAGCGCUGUCGCAGCGGGUAUCCAAGCGCACUUUACCUCUGCUCGCCAGCUUGAGCAACCACACGUUACCAAGGAGGAGGUCGCCAGUGCGAUCAACGACGCAUUCUAUGCCCAGCAGUCGGCUGUCAGUACCAACAUCCAGCCUACAGUUUCCCGCGACGAAAUUCUCGCUGCUAUUGCCGAGGGCCUGGAGGCCCAGAACAGCAUGACCCGGGAGAUCGAAUUGAACAAGGACGAUCUAAUGGAAGCUAUCUCAGCUGGUCUUCACGAAGCCAACGCCGAGAACCACCAUGUCGGGGAUCAGAUCCUUGAACGAGUCAUGGAGCACCAUGACGGCAUGAGAGAGGAGCUGAAGCAGCAGUCUCUUGCUAAGGAGAACGAUACCAUGCAGAUCCUGGACGCAAUCAAAGAUGGUAUCGCUGUCGUGCGACAGGAGGUCGAAGGUUACGCUGCUACCGCCGCCGAAGCCUCUGGCACGCAUGAAAUCAUGGACACCGUGAAGGAAGGCUUCCGACUGCUCCAGGCAGACAUGGAAAGGACAAUUGCCGAGAGCGUAGUGGCUAGUGUUCCUCGCAACCCGGAUACCCCAGAGCUUCUCGAUGCAAUGGAGAAGGAGUUUGAGCACCUUCGAUCUACGAUUAGCUCUCUCCUUCGGACGGAACAGAGCACCUCAAGUGAUAAGGACGAGAUCCUCGACGCCAUUCGCGAUGUCUCCGAGGCUCAGAAAGGUCCCAAGAGCCAAGACAUUGCCAGCAUGAUCAAAAAUGAAUUUGAGCAGCUCCGGGAGUCGAUGAACAUGAGUCUUGUUCGUGCGGAGCCCGAAGCGCCGAAGAGUGACAAAGAUGAGAUCAUUGCCGCUCUUCGUGAGAGUCUGGACACUUUCCGGAGCGAGAAGAGUGAGAAGAGCGACAAGGAUGACAUCAUCGCUGCACUUCGCGAGCAUCUCGAGAGCUCCCGUGGUGAGCGCUCCGAUAAGGAUGAAAUCAUUGCCGCUCUUCGUGAGAGCUUUGACACUUUCCGAGGCGAGAAGAGCGAGACAAGUGAGAAGGAUGAGAUCAUUGCUGCACUUCGCGAGCAUCUCGAGAGCUUCCGUGGUGAGCGCACCGAUAAGGACGAGAUCGUUGCCGCUUUGCGGGAGAACCUUGAGACUUUCCGUGAUGAGGGCAGUCGUUCGCGGGACCUUGGCGAAACUGAGUUCUCAACUGGUGACCUGAUUGACGUCUUCAACGAUGGUGUUGGUAAUAUUCGGGAUGACCUGGGCAAACUUCUGGAAAGACCAGUUGAGUUCGAUUACAAUGAGCUUCUUGACACUCUGAAGGAAGGGCUUAGCAGCCUCAAGGCUGAUGUUGAGAUGCUGCGCAAGUCCCAGCUGGACGCAGAAGACGUGACCACAACCAGAGGUGGAGAGCUGAUGCUUGCCAGUCAAGCCAACCAACCUACCCCAUACAAUCAACCCGACAUUAGCAGUGACAUGGAAGCGCUCAAAUCUCUCAUUUCCCAGCUCCAAACAAAGGUCGAAGCCAUCGAAUCCACACCACGAGCCGCUGAACCAGCCACAGACGCUCUCAAGAAAGAACACCUGGAUGAGGUCCUGGCAGGCCUACACGAACUCCAAGGUUCCGUCACGGGCAUUGUGGCGCGUGAGAACCCUCCAGAUGAGGCCACGGCCAAAAAGGAGGACACGGAUGCGAUCGAGACGUUGUUGCGGAGCACGAAAGCUCAGCUGGACGAGAUGAAGUUCCCCGCUGCGGACGAGCUGGCAAGAGCCGAGCAGCUUGGCAGCUUGGAAACUAUAGUCAAGGAGACGAAGGAAGCCCUAUUCGAACUAAGCACCCGUUUGGAAGCCGAGGGCCCGACCAAGUCCGAGAUCGGUACUCUGGAGACUCUCAUGAAGGAUAUGUGGCUUGCCCUCGACGAGUUGAAAGGCAAAGGCCCAGAAGGCGGGAGCGACACUGAGAAAUUGGUCAAGGCUGACCUGCAGACAGUAGAGGCCAUGAUAUUUGAAGUGAAGACCCAACUCGACGAGUUCAAGCUUCCCGACCCAGAGACCUUGCCUACCAAGACCGAGGUUCAGGAUCUAUCGGCCCUGGUCACCGAGUUCAAGGAGAAGGUGGAGGCUGAGAAUGAAUUGACAGCCCAAGGAUUCGAGGCCCGCAAAGUCGAACACGCCGGUCUCGCCGAGAAGAUCGAGGAAGCCAAGGCUGUGGUUGAAGGACUUGGCGACGAGCUCAAGAGCAAGCUGGACGGAAGCAGUGAGGGUCUCUCUGAACUGAAGCAGCUUCUGGAAGGCUUAGCGGUCUCUGCAGAAAGUUUUACGACAGUCGAAAAUGUUAAGGAGCUCACAGAACUCAUCAAUCGCGAGUUCGAGCGGGCACGCGGUGAACAGGACGCGCACAAGCUCGAAAAGGAGGAGCGCGACGCGGCUUCUCUUGUCAAGCAGGACGAGACCAGAGCGGCUAUCAUCGUGGAACUUGGAGCGAAGAUCGACGAGAAACUGGGCGAAGUCAUGGCUAAAUAUGAUGACAUGCAGACUGCGAUGGAUACAAAAUUCUCGCAGUCUGUUGAACGUGACAACGCCCACCUUGAAGCCGCUACUAACACUAAAUCCCUCGCGGAGGACAUCAAGCUUGUUAUCGGUACCAUGGGCGACAGCGUCAAUGAAGCCUGUGAGCGUAUCAGUGAGGAUACCAAGUCCUUCCUGGAGAAGGUGGAUGUCUCGUAUAACAAGAUGGAGGAGAUGCACAAUGAAGUGAAGACCCAACAGGAACAGGCCCGAUCUGACAUUGAGCGGGCAGCAGCUGCAACGGAUCGUGUGGAAAGCAAGCUGCACGAGUUCCACCCACAAGUCUUGGAGUCUAUCCAGGAGAUUCUCAACAUUGUCGGACAGCAUUACGAUCACUCGCAGAAGUCGGCUGAGGCUAUCAAGACGGACCUGUCUGCUCUUCCUUCGACUAUUCCCCAGAUGCUCCCCGCUUUGCCACCCCCCGAGCCCGAAAAGUACGAUGACAGCAAGGUCCAGGAGAAGCUGGAUAACCUAUUGCAUCAUGCGAAAAAUGAAAAGGUGCAGGAGGCCCUCAACAUUCUGGUUGAGCGGGUGACAAACGACCAAGUGCAUGAGAAACUUGACCAGCUCCUCAGCCAGACGACUAGCACCAAUAGUCAGAUGUAUGACAAGUUGGAUGAGCUGCUCAACCACGCUGCGGAGAAUAACGGGCCAAUCCACGAUAAGCUCGAUACCAUCAUCGAUCAUGCAACAAAUACCGACCAGUCCGUCACGCAGAUGAUGAAGCUGGACGAGAUGCACAAGGAUAUUAUGGAGACGUCCCGCAAGAUGACCGAGAUGUUUGCAGCCCAGUCCGCAAUCGUGGCUGAGGAUAACGAACGCAAACGCCGCGAGGCGGAAGAGGCUGCGGUUGCUCUCGAGCGGCGAAACGCACAGAAAGAGCAAGUGGAAUCCGAGAUCGUCGACCUCAAGGAUGAGAAGGAAUCUCUUCUGAAGAUGAUCCAGACCCUGAAGGCCGAGAAGGAGGACCUUGUUAAGCAGACCACGAAACUCGGAAAGGAGCUGUCCAGCUUGGAGAUGGCUCUGGAGCUCCGUCACGAGGAGAUGCAGGUCAUGGAGGACCGCGCAGACAGUCUCGAGAAGCGCAUCUUGGAAGGUGUUCUCGACCACGCUCGUAGCGUUUUGCUUAGCCGGCCCAACAAUGGUCUGAACAUGAAGAAGUCGCGGGGCUCUCGGGCUCGCGGCCCUAGUGCUGCUAGCACUUCAAGCACUGCACGGGAAGCUCGGAAUAUCUUGAACAACAGUGUUAGUAUGGCAUUAAGGAAGCGGUCUCAGGCACAGUCCCAGGCCGGGGCUGCUACUCCGACGAAGGACGGCAAGGAGAGACGGAUCCUCAGUUUGAGUAACAUGACCGGCAACCGCGGACCUACCGAUCGCCAGUCUAGUGUCGGCAGCGGGUUUGCCAGCUUGAAGCGCAGUCACUCUGUGAAGUCCAACGUCUCCGACCGGAAGUCUUCCUGGGGCGGCAGAAGCUCCAUGGUAAACAAAGAGAAUGAGGUGUUCCCCGAGGAGGACGAGAACCGCAGUGACAUCGAAAGCGACGUUGGUACGGGGCGAAAAGCAAGCUACGCCAGCAGUAUAAAGUAUGGGGCAGGUAGCACCGUGUCUAAUGAUCGACGAAUGAGUGGCUCUAGCACCGCCACUGAGAUCGUUGGCAAGGGCUCAGUUGCCGAUGAUGGGGACGGUGCUUCGGAGACACUUGACGAUCCUAAAGCCGACGAUCCCGAACUAGACUCCGAGUCAUCCAAAAUGGUGCUUUACGGACAACAUAGCGACAGUGGGAUUGGUGUAGCGAGCGUCGCGGGGUAGCUUCAGGUGAUGGCCUGAUUGAUGUUUUGACCUAUGAUCAUGUGCAGCCUGAUAUGGAUUCUUGAGAUACCACCGACGGAUGGUUCCGCCGGACAAGUUCCAGCAGUGUUUAGGGUUGUUCUAGACUCGUCUCUUUUGUACUUUCCUUUGUUGAUAGUUUUGUUUAGCUUGAAUGCAUAUGAUGUUUUGCAUGUGUCCCUUGCACGACUGUAGUCCAAACUUUCUAGUCACAUAAUAAAACGCCAUUCCAGACGAAUAUCUCUGUUCUGCUGACUAGAUCUUGCCUCAUUCUUAACCAUGUUUCCCACGCCGGAUAUCCACAUGAUAGGCUUCGACCGUGAUGUCAAGACUCUUGGGAUAGAAUUUGCCGGAGCAUAAAAGCAUACAACAUUGACUCACGGGCAUGGGUGAUACGCGUGUUUCUCGAGUAAGAUAGG